AUGGGUGCAAAAUGCUCAUGUCUUAAAGGAGAAGUCUCUGAAGAAAAUCAGUUCCGUAUGGCCGACUCAUCAAUCGAUGUCGACAAAUUUUUUUCAAACUCUGAUCGUGAGGUGUUUAGAACAAGUGAAGAGAACAAGGGCAGAGAUUUGCCAAAUAAGAUAGAUAUUGGAGAUCUAAUCAAAUUGCAAAGCAUCAUUCGAGGAUACUACACUCGCAAGAAAUCGAAUGAAAUCUAUAUAACCUUGAAAGGUGAUACAGUUGGAAUGGCACGACGAAACCCUAAAACAGCCACUGAAUCACAGGCUCCACCUUUAAUAACACCUACGAAGAACGAUUUUCAGAAUACUCCAGUUGUCCGCACUGAAAUCAAGAUAAUUCCUGAAACUAGCAUUCCGGAUUAUUCAAAUAAUGAAACAAGGGCUGCUCAAAACAAGCUUGGAAGCUUCAAACCGCCUCCACCUCCUAUUGACUCGACUAGCAAAACCAAAUACGGUCCAGUAGAAAUUGAAAAUGGAGCUAUCUAUACAGGAGAGUGAAAUAACGACAAACAACGCCAUGGAUAUGGAGUUCAGAUCUGGCCAGAUGGGUCGAAAUAUGAAGGCUAUUGGAUGCUGGAUAAAGCUAAUGGGAAAGGAAGACUUACCCAUGGCGAUGGAGACGUAUAUGAAGGGGAUUGGAAAGACGACAAAGCUCAUGGUUUCGGAAUUUACAUGCACACUGAUGGAGCAAAAUAUGAAGGCCAAUGACAAGAUGACAAGCAACAUGGAAAAGGAACUGAAACUUGGCCUGAUGGAGCUAGAUAUGUAGGAGACUACAUCAACGGUAAAAAGCAUGGCCGAGGAACUUUCUUUUGGGCUGAUGGAAGCACCUACGACGGAGAAUUCCAAGACAACAACAUUCAUGGCACAGGAAAAUACACGUGAGGCGACAAUCGAGUCUAUUUCGGAGACUGGAAAAACAACAAGAUGGAUGGUAAAGGAAUCUUCGAAUGGUCGGAUGGCCGACGCUACGAAGGCGAAUAUGUUGAAGACAAAAAGCAAGGUUACGGAGUUUUUACUUGGCCUGAUGGAAGAAAAUAUCAAGGAAAAUGGUUAAAUGGAAAGCAGCAUGGAAGAGGUGCAUACUACACUUCACAAGGAAAUAAAAGAGAAGGAGAGUGGAACGAAGGGAAAAGAGUUAAAUGGGUUGUAGAUGACCAAUAUUAA